AUGUCUGCGACUGAUCUGCAAAGUCAAGGCCGCCAGGCAUACAAGCGCGGUGAUCACGCUAAAGCGCUCGAAUACUUCAAUCGUGCUCUUGGCCGACAGCAGACAGUCCAGCUCUACGACAAUCGCGCUGCCACUUACGAAAAGCUGAACGACUUCAAGAAAGCACUUCAAGAUGCGAAGGCUACCAUCAGGAUCAGUGAUGUCGACCCGACCGGGUAUCUGCGAGCGGGUCGGAUUCUUACGAAGAUGGAGAAGUUAAAAGCCGCCCUCGAUAUCUACGCCUACGGCUUGAAACACGUCAAGCACGUUGGAGUAGGCUACGAGCAACUCAAGAAGCUUCACGAUGACCUUUUGGGAAAGCUAGCACCAAAUAACAGUGUCGAUCCACUAACAGUACUCCCGCGUGAGUUGGCGAUAUCUGUCCUCGAGUACUGCACUUUUCGCGAGCGCAUUGCCAUCUGCAGGGUAAGCAAAGGCUGGCAGAAGUUUGUCCGGUCCGAGCCAAAUCUCUGGACACAUCUAGAUCUGGGAGCCGCGCGAGCCAAGGUGAAGACGAGUUUCGUAAGCACUGCGAUCAACAGUGGAAAGCAGAAGAUCAAAUCCGCAACGCUGAACAAACUGUUCGACUUUGACAAAGUUCUUGCAGCGCUGCUUCGUCAUUGCCCAUUGGAGAGCUUGACUCUAGCGCAGACUGGCUUCCAAGGGAUCAAUUUUGUCGAGGUCUUAAAGAAUGCCAAAGACAAGCUCAGAUUGAAAGAACUCCGAAUUCUGCCGGGCACGGAGCUUAGUCAAACAACCUUGCGCGAGGCGGCAACGGCUUGCUCGAGCACAUUGGAAAUUUUGCAUUGUGCACACCUGAAGAGCUUAUCAUUCAUGAAGGCGUGGACUGCCUUGCCCUUUCCAAAGCUGAAGUCACUCAGUGUGACUGCUGACCAGAUUGAGAACAUCAAUACAUACCUUGAGAAGUUCUUGGAAAGCUCGCCGGACCUUGUGUCCCUGACUCUAAUCAACUUGGACCAACAUGAUCACGAAGCGAAUGGAUUUCCAAUUACUAUGGAUCUGCAGAAUACGACGCUUCAACAUGUUCAUCUACAAUUACGCCUUCGAUCCGCCAACUUCAUCAAACUACCCGCUACACUCAAAAGCCUUCGAUUGGUCACGGUCGGGCUCGGCUUUGCGCCACUCCUGACAGAUCCCGAUUCGCAAGGAUACGAGAAUGGGUUUCUUCCACUACAAGAUCUGCACAACCUUGAAGAUGUGUAUUUCCGGCUUCCCUCCACAGAUCUGAAGGAUUUUCUAAGAGCAUUCGAAGUGCCGCCGACAAAGGCUGAUCCAGAAACCGAACCGCCCGUCAUGUCCAGACUGCGAUCACUAACCCUGGAGCAGACUCACGUUCAGCCGAAGACACCACUGGUAAUACCCACCAGAUUACGGGAGCUUGAAUCCCUUUCUCUGCGCGAUCCAAUGGGCCUCGCAGACGAGAAGAUCGUUUCCAUUGUCAAAGAUUUGCCCAGAUUACGUUCUCUCGAUGUGAGCGGCUCUCUUAUCACAGGCGCGGGCGUAGGGGAUCUGCUAAGAAUGGAGCAGCUUACGGAAUUGGUGCUGUACAAUUGUCAGAAGAUCGGACAUCGUGACGCUAUUGACCAAGCACGAAAGAAGGGUAUCAAAGUCGAAUACAAAAUGGAUGACUGGUCAAGUGGGAAGAAAGUCAGGUAUUGA